GAGCGAGUUCAUUGCGUGGCCCCGGGCUCCUACAGGUACAGCCACCAUCCAGAAUUAACUGCAUUGUCUGUUACACUUCUUGAACUCCUGCCGAAGCUUCCAGAGGGCCUCCAGUGUCUGCAUAAGGUACCAUAGCCAUGCCGGUCCAACACAGAACGACAGUGGUGGGCAACACCAGUACACUGAAAUCACCAGUGGGUAUCCUCCGGAUUCUGGAAGUCAUCUUCGCCUGCGUCACCUUCAGCUUGGUGGUGCACACCGGAAGAUGGACCGGCCGCAUUGGAGACCUGUGUAUGUUCUGCUGGUGUUUCUGCUUUGCAGUGAGUCUGGUCAUCCUGAUUGUGGAGUUCACUGGGGUGCAGAACCGGAUGCCCGUGUCCUGGAAAAACUUCCCCAUCACCUUUGCCAUGUAUGCCGUCCUCAUGUGCCUCUCUGCCACAGUGAUCUACCCUCUACAGUAUCUAGAAGACAAGGCCUAUAGCAGCGAGGUGCGCAAUUACCAGAUAGUGGCCAUCGUGUUUUCCUGCCUCACCACCUUGGCUUACAUUAUUGAGGUGUCUUUAACCAGAGCCAAGCCUGGAGAAGUUACUGGCUACAUGGCGACCACUCCGGGACUCCUGAAGGUUUUGGAGACCUUCAUCGCUUGCAUCAUCUUCGUCUUUAUUUCUGAUCCACCUCUAUACGAUCGGCACGAUGCCCUUAAGUGGUGUUUAGCGGUCUAUUGCAUCUGCUUUAUCUUGUCUAUUGUGGUCAUCAUCCUUUGUGUUGGCGAGUGCACAGGCUGGUUGCCUUGCGCCUUCAAUAAGUUCCUCAGUGGUUACGCCCUCUUGGCAGUCCUGAUGUACGCCUCCGCCAUGAUCAUCUGGCCCAUCUUCUCGUUUGACAGGAAACACGGUGGAACCGCAAGCCGACCUUCGAACUGCCGGUCGAGCCCUGGAAACCUAUACGCGGUGUGCGAGUGGGAUAAGAUGGUGGCUGUUGCUGUUCUGACCGCCGUCAACCUCAUUGCAUAUGUUAUGGACCUGGUUUAUUCUGCCAGGCUUAUAUUCAUCACGGUCUAAACCAUUGAACUUCAGAGAGAGGGUACGAUAUUUUUUCGACCGUCCGCCUGGACAGAAUAUAAAGAGUUUCAUACUCGCCAGGCAUAAUUAAAUAUAUGUAUCCAUCACACAGCUUGCUAUUUAGCCUUAUAUAUUUAGGUAUAUAUAUAUGCCUACAAACAACACUUUGUAUAUGGAGAUCCUGCCGACCCGGGAAUCAGAUCCCUGGACUUUCCUUACGUUACCCCAUAAAAAGCAGCACAUGAGUGUGAGCUCUGCUGUUAUGUUUUCUGCAGAUUUAUUUCGAAUUCAUCACAGCCUAAUUUUUUUUUAUUAUUGCAUGAAGCCGGCCAAUAGAGCGACCUCUGUAAAUUAUUUGAAUUUAUUUUAGCUUUUUUUUUUUUUAUUCUUUAGCUGCUUUUUUUCUUAUUGCUUUUUCUAUGUGCCUUAAAGUUGUAUAGAGAGUAUAGUAAUUCCAAAGCAAGGGGGACCGGAGAAGGAUGUAUUUAGUGGCAACGUGGUGGGGUAAAUACAUUUCUGAGGGGGAUUAGGGGUAAGUCUUCCUAUACUAUAAAUGAUCCCAUAGUUACAGCCCCCUCCCCAGGCACCACUUUGACUUGCUUUAUACACCGCAGAACAGUUGUAGCCCAUUCCCAGGCAAGAGAAAACUCUGUGGAUUUCAAUGGGCUCAAUGGAAUCAAUAAAACCAGUGUUACACCAA